AGCACUUGUGGGCGAGAGAGCGAAGGGACGGACGGAGCCAGGAUGUCUAGCAGACCACUGAGAGCUCAUUCACUAACCUGUUUGCAGACACGGCAUACGGAAAUGCUGCCACCCUUGGCGAUUCCCCAGAGGCAUUUUCACAGGCUUUGCCCGAGGCACCUUUGGCUGCUUACAAAAGUGGCGGAGCGCUGGGUACUUUCCCAGAUUGCUGGGAUAAGCGGGGGCCCGAUCGGAGGCUGAUGAGGGGGGCAGUGCGGGGGGCAGCGCGGGACCCGCUCCGGGAGGGUACGUGGUGCAUACCCCGUAACUGCGUUACAGGCGCACCUACUCCUACCGGGAUCGGGACGCCGGGCGGCUGCCAGUAAAAUGACGGAAGGGGAGAUAACGGUGUUUCCGCUGGGGCCGGAGAAUUUCGGGAUCGACAUGCAAGAUUACAAGAAGCUGACGCGCCUGUACUGCCUGAACGGCGGAUACCAUCUGCGGAUACUGUCUGAUGGGACGGUGGAGGGCAGCAGGGACGAGGACGACGCUUACAACGUGAUGCGGCUAAAAGCCGUCAGCAUCGGUGUGGUGGUGAUCGAGGGCCAGGAGGCGGCGCUAUACCUGGCCAUGAACGAGCAGGGCCAGCUUUAUGGCACAUCCGACCUGAAUGACGACUGUUACUUUCUGGAGAAGCUGGAGGAGAAUCACUACAACACCUACAUGUCUCAGAAGUACCAGGACCAAGGCUGGUAUGUUGGCAUCAAGAAGAACGGACGGCCCAAGGCUGGACCCAGGACCCAUAUGGGGCAGAAGGCUAUCUACUUCUUACCUCGCGUAAUAGACAACACAAGCAAAUGAAGACAGGCCUGCAGAGGGGAAAGAUCAAUCCCUCACCGAGUAGAACAUCAUUUUAGGCCAUUUAUUCCCAACUACUGACAUAAUGAAACACUAAACUUGCUGCUCACAGAAAUCUGGAAUUUCUGUCACCGCUAAUAUGUGAUUAUAGCUGAUAAAAAUGAUUCAGCUUUUAUCUGUAAGUACACAGCUUGAAUAGUCUCAGUGACUUUCUGUCCUUAUACUGUGCCCCACAACGUAACACUAACAAUGAAUUAAAUCUUUAUUUUUUUACUUGCAUAUAAGAUCUUUUUUUGAAUAUUAUUUUGUGUAGAAAAUGUGCUUAUAUGAAACUUGUUUUUUCACUUUACUGUAAUACAUGUAUUUAUUAAUCAGCCAAUUAACUAUAAAAUAAGAGCAUCAUUUUAUCCAUAAACACCCACAACUAUAUAGUGUCUGGCAUUUAGGUGCAUCAAUAUGUCAAAAUGUGAAAAAACUGCAAUGGUAUUACUUCUUCGUAUGAGGUGAUUUUUACAGGUAUAUGCAUUAAGUAUAAAUAUCUAUGUUUUUGACUGUUAUAUAAAUUGAGUAUUAAUGAAAAUUAUAUAAUUAAAAUAUUCAGGCUUGCCAUGAAAUAAUUACGGUAAACGCAUUCAAAUUGAUGCUUUGUUGUGUCCCACGUGAGGAGGAGAUUAGUGAAUUACAAACGUCAUUUCCUGUUAUGAAAUCAGUGACCUCUGAGUAGCACGCUGGUUAGUUUAAUAUGUAACAGUUCAAGAUCACACACUGUGCUGUAUUUCACUGAUGGGCUGAGAUCAUAUGUCUUUGAAUCGUUUAAACAAACCCUUGUAUUCACGUAUGAGCCGCUAAGAUGUUCUCACCUGAAAUUGUAACCCGCUAAUUAAAUGUAAUGUAAAUAUUU